UAAAAUUAGGGCAUUUUGCUUCUUCGAGUAGCUUCUGAACCCUCUAAGCUCAGCUUCGCACUCCGCAGAGGGGAACAAGGAGAAGAAGGAGCAGCUGCUUCGCCGCACGACCCCAGUCUUCGAUUAAUCUCCGUCGUUAAACUUUUAUUCUCACGCUCAAUCUCAACCACACACACUCUCUCUCUGCGUUCCGAAUCGAGGUCGAUUUCACAAGAUGUCGGGCGGUUUCUUUCGGGGCACAUCUGCGGAUCAGGACACUCGGUUUUCGAAUAAACAAUUGAAGCUGCUGAAGUCGCAAAAGUUUGCCCCCGAAUUGGAGCACCUGGUGGACAUGACAAAGGUGAACAUGGAGGUGAUGAAGCCUUGGAUCACCAGAAGGGUGACUGAGCUUCUCGGGUUUGAAGAUGAAGUGCUUAUUAACUUUAUACACAGUCUGCUUGAUGCGAAGGAAGUGAAUGGGAAGGAAAUCCAGAUACAACUUACUGGGUUUAUGGAAAAAAACACUGGAAAGUUCAUGAAAGAGCUUUGGACGCUUCUUCUCAGUGCACAGAAAAAUGCCAGUGGUGUUCCUCAGCAGUUCUUGGAUGCCAAAGAAGAAGAACUCCGGAAGAAGAAGGUUGAAAAUGAUAAAAUAACUAGUGAAAUUCAGAGGAAAAGAGAGAAAGAAGAUAGAGAGUUCAUGGAAGUGAGGCUGAAAAAACUGGACGGUGGAUUUGAUGCGAAGGAUAAUGAUACUGCUUUGGACUCAACCACAGGGCACUAUGUUCAGGAUGGAAAAGAAAGUGACAAGAGGAAUGGUGUUAGAGGAAGGAGCAGGGUUUCUAGGUCCCCGCGCUCACCUGCUGUUUCUGUUUCGCCUAAUCGCAGAGGCUCGCCUUCAAGGUCAAUGAGUAAAUCAUUUUCAAAUUCACGAAGCUAUUCGGGUGGUAGACAUAGAUCGAGGAGUAUAUCCAGGUCUCCAGAAGCUAGAAGACGCUCCCCAUCUUCUGAUAGGAUUCGCCGUUCUCCACGACGACGAUCCAUUUCUCCUCGGAGGUAUUCACCUAGGCGAUCCCCUUACCGGAGGCCUCCAUAUUCAAGGAGAAGAUCUAGAUCCCGCUCAACUUAUAGAUCUCCUUCUCCUCUACGACGUAGAAUGCAUUCCCCCUACCGUCGUAGUUCCCCCUCUUACCGUCGACGCAGAUCACCUUCUCCUGUGAAAAGACGCAGAUCGCCUUCUCCAAUGCGUCGACGUAGAUCUCCUUCACCAAUCCGUCGACGUAGAUCACCUUCUCCAGUGCGUCGACGCAGAUCACCCUCUCCUGUAAGGCGGCAAAGGUCACCCUCUCCACUGCGACGUCGAUCUCCCAUCACGCGGUAUAGAUCUCCACCUGUGCGCCGAAUGCCUCCAACCCAUCUACGGUCUAGAUCAGGAUCUCCCAUGCAAUCCACUUCUCCCAUACGUCGAAGGGACGGGAGUCAAAGUCCACAACGCAGAUCUCCAUCUCCUCUGCGGCGUAGAUCACCUGGUUUUGUUAAGAGAAGAUCACCAAGUCCUUCUCCGAGGAGGUCUCCUCCAAAUGAAUGGAGUUCUCAGUCCCCAGCACGGCAUGUAUCUACAUCUCCAGUAAAGAGAACUUCGUCAAGACGUCAAAGAAGUCCUGUGCAGCCUUCUAGGGGGAGAGUCAGAACACCGGAAGAAUUGUCACCUGUGGCGCAUCAACACCCAAAAGAUAAGGAUCAUAAAGCUUCACGCACUAAAUCGCCGGACUCAGUUUCGUCAGGUGAGAAGUCUCCACCACGAUCAGUGUCUCCACAACCAAGGAGGAGGAAUAGCAGUGAAGACAGGAGUCCACCGAAGAGCCCGGUGAGGCAAAGAAGAGACAAGUUGACCCAUGAAAGAAGCUUGAGUCCUCCAAAGAGACCAAGAACCCAGAAACCUCGCCAUGAUAGCCCAGAGACAAGCGAAGAUGCAGAAGGAACAUACCAUUCUAGAGACAACAGAGAUCCUAAUUCAAAGUCAUCCGGAAAGAGAACAAAAUAUUUAUCCCCAGUUAGUAAGCGGAAAAACUCACCUGCAAAGUUUCAUGACGAGGAAGAUUUCUCUCCCGAAAUGGCAGCUGGUCGCGUUUCUUCUGGGUCUCGUCACUAUGAUAACACUGAUGGGAGUAGGAAAGGGCGAGAGAUUAAAGGUGAUAUUUCUUCUGGAAAAGGUGAUGAAUCUUAUGUGCGACCUAAAUCGCCAAGGAAUAAAGAAAGUUAUUCCAGUGAGAAGCCUCAUGAAUCUUAUGCUGUAGAUACUAAGAAGUCUGAUGACAAGGAUCAUUCUCUUUCAAACUAUGCAAAAAAUAGUGAUAGGCGCCACAAAUCAGAAGCAACUCGAGAUUUAGUUGGAAAAGUUGAUCGUGUCAAUCAUAGUGCUUCCUAUGAUUCUGUUUCUGAGGAAAGUGACAAACAUAGAAGGGAAGGAAAGGAAAAGAGAAAACAUAGAAAGUCAGAGAAAAAAGUUGUGUCAUCAGAUGAAGAUUAUAGUUCUGAUUCUGAAAUGGAGGACAGGAAAGAUGCUAAGAGGAGGAAAAAGGAGGAGAAGAAGCUGCGGAAGGAGGAGAAACGUCGAAGACGGGAAGAGAAAAGACGCCGGAGGGAAGAACGGCGGGCAGAGAAGCUGAAAAUGAAGGGUAAAACUGACUAUAGUUCAGACGAUGAGGAAGCUGAACGAAUGGAUCAUCGUCGUAGUGAUAAUGACGAGAUGUUGUCUGAACAAAAGAAGCUUGAGAUUGAGUUGCGGAAUAAGGCUCUUGAAUCUCUCAAAGCAAAGAAGGGCAUGAAUAACUGAAUACAUCACUUGAGUUUUGAUUUUAUUACUUCAAAAAACUUCUUGAGAAAUAUCUUGUUAUUUUUUAGCAGCUUAAAGAUUAAGGAACUUGGAUUUAGAAAUGCGUAUGCUUUUUUUCCUCUCUUUUUUUGUUGGUAAAUGUUUGAUGUAGUCUAUCUUUAAUGCUGGCAGCUGAAAUGGAUAAAUGACGAUUUCUGAGCAAAUCUGUUGAGUGCAACUCUGUGCAGACAUUGCCCUGUAUUUACUGGUAAUGUUUGUCUCCCCUUAGUUGGGAAUCUCACGUUUUUUGGGUGGUGUGCAUUUGGGUGCCUUGUCUCCUAUUUUUUUAA